AUGUCUUCCCUGAAACAAUAUCCAUUCGAGGUUUUGUUUGCAAUAGCAAGCAAUCUUGAAAAGAAAGAUCAGCUGACAUUUCUUACCGUAUGUAAAGCAUGGUACAGACCUUUACUGGAAUCCAUUUAUAAUCAAGUCGAGAUUGAUAAUCUGAAAACGUUUCGUUCGUUUCUUGUCAGCAUUACACACCAUCGUCACCUUCCAAAUCUUUACGUUAGAAAACUCAAGCUACCCUCAACCACUGGCAUUUAUGAAUGGGAUCAAAAUGAACGAAGCAUGACUUUUACAGAAUUUGAGUUAUUAGCUCGUCAUUGUACUAACUUGACAGAAAUAUCCUUCUUCGGGAAUGGGUAUUGGGCAUGGAUGAACAAGCUAGAUUUGUCCAAAUUGUGGCUUCGCUUAACAAAACUUCCUCUGUCGUUCGGUGUACAAGAUUCGUAUCAUGUCUUUCAGAGUAUGGCAACACGGCUUGUAUCUUUUGAACUCGGAAUGAAUUUCCCUGGGCCUUUUUAUGUAAUGAAUCUGCUACCACUGAUGAAUAACCUUCAAACGAUUUACAUUCAUGAUAGAAAAUUGUCUAUGGAUCUCAGCUGCUUGAAAAAUAUAAAAUAUCUUAGGAAUCUCACUUUGCUUACAAAUGUUUCGCCAAAUAAAUAUGAUAUCCACCCAGUUCAACCAAACUUGAAGACAUUGACCUGUGCCAUCGACGAUCCAAACUCUAAUUGGUUUCCUAUUCUCAAGGCAUUGUAUAAAAAUAUCAUUUGUGUUUCAAUAUAUUUAAUUGUAGACAAGCACAACACUGGAGACAAGCUACUAAGAAUGAUAGGUGCUGUCCUAGACAUGAUCCAUGACACCAAUAUUCAACAAGUCAAGACAUUUUUUCCAAAUAUUGAUGAUUUUGCUUUGGCUGUAGAAAGUGCUAUCAUGGACACUGUCUACGACUACACAAUAUGGGAUAAAAGUGGUACCCUAUCUACUAUAAAUUUAGAUAUCAGGUACUUUGAUCACAGUGGGUUUGUUUUUUCUCAUAAUUCAUUCGAGUCGGUAUUCUCAAGACAAAACGUACAAGAGCAUGUAUUCAAGCUAGCUACCAGUCGACCAGAUGAUAGCAACUGCAAUUAUGAAGUAGAUUUUCUUGUGGAUAUAAUCAAACCCCCCAUCAAUCUUCAGUUAAAGAAGCUUUCUGUAACGAUAGCAACAUCGUUAUACCAUACAAGACUACCAGAGAUAAAGGACACUCGUUUGUUUUAUCUUGAUACAACAUUAGACCAUUUCCCCUACCUAGAUUCAUUUACACUUAUAGUAGACGUUAAAGAAGUAAAUCCAAAUAGUAAAUCGAAAAUUUGGACUGACCGUGUCAACUGUACGGAGCUGACUAUUAGCAAUUUUCGGUUGAGAAAGCCUCAUUCAUUUAUUCACUUCCUAACCAUACAGUCUGCGAAGAUAAAUCGAUCGGUGUACCACUACUUGUUUAAAUUCUGUCGAUACCUUUGGAAGCUUCAUUUAGUAGAUUGCCAUUUUAGCGACGAUGAAACAGUUAUUGCGUUGGAGUAUCUAUGUUUACAAAACCACGUCGAAUUGAGGAAUUACUGGUGGAAUAAGAAGGCUAUAAGGUCACAAUGUUUUAAUAUAAGGUUUUGUUUUGAAGUAUUUGGUCUUAUUCUACUCAGACUAUUAAUUAGCAGCAUUCCUAGAGGAGUAGGGAUUGAAGAAUCUCAAACUGAAGAAGUCUAUUAUUCUCGUACUGUUCAGCUAUUAGAAGGUUCUGCAUUUAACGAUUUCUCUGAUGUUGGUGAUGAAAUGGCCAUGUCGAUUAGGUAUCAAACAUAUCAGGGUGUUGCUGCUGCUAUUAUGAGGUACCGUGGUACUUGCUAA